CAUCACUCGGCGCGUGCCCGGGUAGCCCGUGGUAGCACCCAGUCUGAGGAAGUGGAGACCCGCGGGCAGGCGGCUGAGACAGGGGCCUGAAAGUUGUGGAAUCCCAAUUUGUGACAUCAGGUGUUUUUUGGAAAGCAGCCAUUUAUGACUCUAGAAGAUUGGGACUGAUAGGAAGCCCCUUCUGAGAUUUUACCAAAGUUCUUGAACAGUACUACCAUGGACAUAAAGCUGGAUCCCUCUCGAGAUGACCUGCCUCUCAUGGCCAACACCAGCCACAUACUUGUGAAACACUAUGUACUGGAUUUAGAUGUGGAUUUCGAAAGUCAAAUCAUUGAAGGCACCAUAGUGCUUUUCUUCGAGACUGGAAACAGAUUCAAGAAAUGGAGUAGUUCCACCGAGGUAGCCUGCCGAUCAGAGUCAAACGAAGCCUGCAGAUUUAGGAUGCCUGAACCCUGCCAGAUUCCUGUGACAAGUACAAAGACCUUCUCAUCUAAAAUAGGAUAUGAUGAUUUUGUAAUCUGUGGUAAAGGUGGAAAAGAUACUUCUGGUAAAGAUGGUAACCAUGACAACCAGGAACAGGCUUCUGGGAUUUCUAGCUCAAAGUACUGCUGUGACACAGGGAAUCAUGGGAGUGAGGAAUUUUUGCUAGUGUUGGACUGCUGUGAUUUAUCUGUGUUAAAGGUUGAGGAGGUGGAUGUUGCUGCUGUGCCAGGUAUUGAAAAAUUUACAAGGUCUCCCAAGCUCAGGAAUCAGAUUGUACAUGAACUCGCGGCUCUGCCUGCAGAUCGCUGGAGGGAGCAGUUCGACUCUUACGCUCGCUGCAGCCAGGCCCCUGGCUGCGGGGAACUCCUGUUUGACACUGACCCUUGGAGCUUACAGAUCAGGAAGACAGGGGCUCAGACAGCUGCUGACUUUCCUCAUGCCAUAAGGAUACGGUACAGAACCAAACCCCAGGGGCGAUCAGUCACAUGGACCUCAGACCAGAGUGGCAGGCCAUGUGUUUAUACUGUGGGAUCUCCCAUAAACAACAGGGCCCUUUUUCCAUGCCAGGAGCCACCCGUUGCCAUGUCAACAUGGCAGGCUACAGUUCGAGCAGCUGCAUCCUUUGUUGUUUUAAUGAGCGGGGAGAAUUCUGCGAAGCCAACACAGCUUCGGGAAGGCUACUCAGGUUGGCAUUACUAUGUCACCAUGCCAAUGCCAGCCUCCACCUUUACAAUUGCAGUGGGAGCCUGGACAGAAAUGAAGCCGGAGAUCUGCUCACCAAGUGGUCUGGCAAUAGAGAGAUCCUCCUCACCUUCUGAAGCUGACUUCAGGUAUGUUGGCUUUUGUGGUCACAUGGAAUACCCCUGCCGCUUCCAGAAUGCUUCUGCCACCGCCCAGAAGAUCAUUCCUCAUCGGGUCUUUGCUCCAGUGUGCCUGGAGCGUGCCUGCCAGGAGACCCUGCUGCCACUCAUCCCUCCUUGCCUCUCCGCAGCACACUCUGUCCUGGGAACACACCCAUUCUCCAGGCUGGAUAUACUCAUUGUCCCUGCCAACUUUUCAAGUCUGGGGAUGGCCAGCCCACACAUCAUCUUCCUCUCUCAGAGCACCUUGACUGGAAUGAGCCAGCUCUGUGGGACUCGUCUCUGCCAUGAAAUUGCUCACUCCUGGUUUGGCCUGGCGAUUGGGGCUCGAGACUGGACAGAGGAGUGGCUGAGUGAAGGGUUUGCCACUCACUUGGAAGAUGUGUUCUGGGCCAAGGCACAGCAGCUGGCCCCCCACGAGGCCCAGGAGCAGCAGGAGCUGAGGGCUUGCCUGCGCUGGCAUCGCCUCCAGGACGAGGUGCAGAACUCCCCGGAGGAAAUGCAGGUGUUGAGACCCAAUAAAGAAAAAACUGGCCAUGUGAGUGACUCAGGAUCAUCUGUCAUCAGACAUGGGCUUAAUCCGGAGAAGGUCUUCAUGCAGGUUCAUUACUUAAAGGGCUAUUUCCUUCUCCGGUUCCUUGCCAAAAGACUUGGAGAGGACACCUAUUUUUCAUUUUUAAGGAAGUUUGUGCACUCUUUUCAUGGGCAGCUGAUUCUUUCUCAGGAUUUCCUUCAAGUGCUGUUGGAGAACAUCCCAGAAGAAAAAAGGCCUGAGCUAUCUGUUGGAAACAUCUUCCGAGACUGGCUGGAGAGUUCUGGAAUUCCACAGCGGUUAGAUUCACAAUUUCUAAGUGACUAAAUGCAGAUGGUGAUUGCAGCCAUGAAAUUAAAAGACGCUUACUCCUUGGAAGGAAAG